UGUGUGUGUGUGUGUGAGUGUGUGAGUGUGUGAGUGUGUAUGGAUGAUUCAGUAGUAGUGACUCUCCAGCUGCUGAGCGGAGUGGAGCGCACAGAACAGCGGACACACCGAGCUCUGUCCUCCGCUGGACUCUCGCUUACUAGACCGUGAAUGUGAAUGAGAAUCUCUGGACGGAGGUCUCAGAAUCAUGGAGGCACAGCGCUGUUCUUUAUCUUUACGAGGAGCUUUAACUUUCUUUCUCUUGACGGUGCUGCUGGAGCCCGGGACUGCCGGUAUGCCCUCUUUUUACCCAAUCAGUCAGCUUUGUAAGUUCUGUGAUCUGGAGCUUUCCUCCUGUAGUGGGACAGGAACCUGCAUGACCAACUGCUCCAUCACAUCCAUCUGUUUUGAAAGCAGCGAGGUCUGUGUCUCUAUCUGGAGGAAGAAUGAAACAGACUUCUCCAUCGAAACUCUCUGCCACGACCCAACCAAGCCGCUGUAUGGUGUCAUGCUGGAUGACUACAACAGCACCACCUGUGUGAUGAAGGAGAAGAACACAACGACUGGGAUGGCUCACUUGUGUUCCUGUUCUGAAGAGGAGUGCAACGACAAACUCACAUUCUCCCCCAUGGUGGACCCUCCACCGGACAAUCCAUUGGUGUCUGUGAUUCUGGUGAGCCUGCUGCCUUUGCUGGUGAUGGGGACUGUGGUGGCAGGAAUGUUCUACUGGUACCGAACCUAUCGGCAACGCAUGCUCAGCCAAGAGUGGGAAAGCAACAUUAAAAAGCGAAAGCCAAAACCCGGGCUUGACUGCAGUGACGCCUGUGCUAUCAUGCUGGAUGACGAUCGAUCGGACAGCAGCUCGACACAUGCCAACAGCCUCAACCACAACACUGAGCCGCUGCCCAUAGAACUGGACCUGCUGGUGGGAAAGGGUCGCUUCGCCCAAGUAUACAAGGCGAAGCUGAAGCAGACCACCUCAGAUCAGUUUGAAACAGUGGCUGUGAAGAUCUUCCCCUAUGAAGAGUAUGCUUCCUGGAAGAACGAGAAGGACAUCUUCUCCAAUACAGACCUCAGACACGAGAACAUCCUCCACUUCCUGACAGCUGAGGAGAGGAAGGUGGAGAAACAGUACUGGCUCAUCACUGCUUUCCACUCACGAGGAAACCUACAGGAGCACCUGACGCGUAAUGUGAUCAGUUGGGAGGAGCUGCAGGUGCUGGGAAGCUCUCUGGCCCGGGGUGUUGCUCACCUCCAUAGCGAUCGCCUCCCCUGUGGACGCCCUAAGGUGGCCAUAGUCCACCGAGACCUGAAAAGCUCCAACAUCCUGGUGAAGAAUGACCUGACGUGCUGCCUGUGUGACUUUGGACUGGGUCUCCGUCUGGACAGCAGCCUGUCUGUGGAUGAUCUUGCCAACAGUGGACAGGUGGGCACAGCACGUUACAUGGCUCCAGAGGUGCUGGAGGCCCGACUGAAUCUGGAGAACAUCGAGUCCUUCAAACAGACAGACAUUUACUCCAUGGCCCUUGUGCUUUGGGAGAUGACAUCGAGGUGUGAAGCAAUUGGAGGUCAGUGUACGCACACACACACGCCACAAACAUACGUAUUGAAUAAUUGCCUGUUUGGGGCUGUGGGAAGUUUGAAGAGAUCGUGUAAAGCAUAAGCACACACAGGACUA